UUUUCCAGUUAAACGCGGUAUUAUAUGUAAAGCUGUCCAUGUUGGUACGACAGAGCCGUGUAAGAACUUUAGUCAUUUUAUUUGGUUCUAUACCUAACCAUCUUAUCUCCAAAAAGCAAACCAAAAGUCACCAUGUCUCAGAAGAGGAAGGCGCCAGCCAUCCCGAAUUCCCAAACGAGAUAUUCCAGGGCCUCCCAGGUGCUAGAUGAUUCGGGGGAGGACUACUCUUUCACUCAGCCCUCCUCAUCACAGGUCCAGAGGGGCCUGGACCACCUAACUCCUGCACAGGUGGACCAAAAGAUGGCAGAGGUGGUGCAGUUCAUUCUUAUCAAGGAUCAGAAGAAAAUUCCAAUAAAGAGAGCAGACAUUGUGAAACACGUGAUGAAGGAGUAUAGGAACAUCUACUCUGAGGUUAUGAAGCGGGUCACCAAAACAUUUGAACGGGUGUUUGGACUAACGUUGCUGGAGAUUGAUACAAAGAAUCACCUGUAUAUCCUCAUAAACAAACUGGAGACUGUUCCGGCAGAUGUAUGCAGCGCGAACCCAGGUAACCCCAGGACCGGCCUGCUCUUCGUCAUUCUGAGCAUCAUCUUCAUGAAGGGAGGAGUCGUCAAGGAGUCUGUGGUAUGGAACACACUGAAGAAGCUGAGGGUAGAGCCAGGGGAGAGGCAUGAAUACUUUGGAGAUGUGAAGAAGCUGAUCACAGAGGAGUUUGUCAGGCAGAAGAACCUGGAGUAUGUGCGCAUCCCUCACACAGACCCUCCAGAGCACGAAUUCCGCUGGGGACUGCGGGCAGAGAAGGAGGUGUCCAAGAUAAAGAUGCUGCAGUUUGUGAGCCAGCUGCAUGAUCAGGAUCCACAGAGCUGGUCUCAGCAGUACAGAGAGGCUACAGCAGACCCCAACAACCUUAGACCCCAAAAUGUGUAGCACAGCGAAGCUAUACUUUUUAUAAACAAUACUCACAACCCUCCUGUUUAUAAACUGUUCACAGGCCUGUUGUUUAUAAGCAUGGUCAUUUUCUGAAAAGGUUCAUAAUGUUGCAAUGUCAUGGGUUUGUCAUGCUUUUACAUUAGUAAAAGCUAGUAAAAGGCGAUACUGCCCUGUAUGUGUAUGUAAUUUAAUUUUUUUACUUGCCUGAAAUAAAUGGGUCUUCCAUGUUU